AUGAGCGCUCUUGCCAUUCCAAGGCUCAGCCUUCUUGCAACUGUCCCCGAGGAGGCUUUUCACCUGCGGCCACUUGGCCUCGGGGAUAUUGCUGCAAUCCACUCUCACAAAGUCGCGCCCUUGGUCAUUGUCGUUUUCGUCGAAAACAGACAUGCAGCUGUCGUAUUUGGCAGUGAGGUCUGCCGCCAUGCUACUGCCGUCGGUGUAGUGGACGGGCUCACAAACGUACUUGACGUAACCGUUCUUCUUGUUUUCGUCCUUGACAACCGCUACGAACCGGCCCCCGGGUCCUUUUGCAGCCUUGUGGUAAGCACGCGAAUCCAGGGUCUUGUCCUUGGGAAAGCACGCGUCUUUCUCAUACGUGACAGGCUGUCCCAUGAUCUUAUCCGUGCAGAUUAG